CAUUUUGAUAGGUUGAUGGUGAAUCACUACUGCUUGAAUCACCAUGGCAAAGAACAAUCAAAUUCUCACCGCUGCUGGUCGAUGGCGAACGAGAUGAAGGUUGUAGACACCCGUCGGGUUGAUCUAGCGAUGCACGACUCGUUGAACUAAAACUGCUUGAGCUGCAAUCUUCGCCGUCCAUGUUUUGAGAAUGAACACCUGCUCGAAUGUAAUGAUCAAAACGAAAACGUGAAAAAAAAUAAAAUGUCGAAAUUAUUGAAAAGCAUAAAAUCAAUGCCAAUCAUAGAAAACAUAUUAACAAAGAACCACAUAAACGAAAAACAUUUGACAGAACCUUCAUCACAGAAAAACACAGGCACAAUGGUUGCAACAAAAGACGUGCACAUAGUAAUCGAAACAUGAAAUAUGAGAUUGUUAUUGAAGUUUUAGUUAUUUUUCUUUCUAAUAUAAGACGCAAUCAGCAUAAUUAUAUUGGGAAAAAGUCAUUUAUUGAAAUAUACAAAUGACAUAUAGCUUUGCUAUAAAUAGAAACUCAUCUGAGCUUAUUAUAUUAUUAUCUGCUGUCGAGAGAUAGAAUGAUGUCGAACAUUUUCCUAGCUUUGGUGAUUUUGUCAAGUGCAACAAAAAUGUGCACUGGAUUGGGGAUGUGGAGUUUUGACCAACAAUUGGUGAACCCAGUUCACACAAUUUCGAACCAUGGAAAUUCAAACGAUGAAAAUCUGGUAUACAUCCCAGUUGCAAAGUAUCCCGUGAAAUAUCGAGAAUCAACUAAUAACGAAUAUACCAAUGAAAAUGCCAUUCAGAAACCAACGAAUAACAUCAUUACUCCACCCUCAACCGAUUUCCGUCACACGCCGCAUAUGACUAGAUCACAGACGGCAUCGUACCAAUUGCAAAGAGAGAGAUACAAUCGUCGGCCGGUUCUCACUUCUGCUACAACAACUGUUCGUUCUCAUUUUGACUCACCGAUUCAGGAAUAUCUACUUCACGCACAAAUGCCGCUACCAAACGCCAAAACAUUCAUUAUGAUCAACAGAUAUGCAAAAGUUGAACCAGAGUUUCUAACAUAAAAUGACUGUGCGCAUAGAAAUUAUGAUGAUUCAUUUAGUUUUAUGUUCGGAAUCACAUGCAAUUGAUUCUAAUAUUAUCAAAAUGAAAACAGAGUGUGGUGAACCUUAGCACCUUUUUGUAGAGUCCUGUUAGAACAUUUCUAGAAAAUAAAACCAAGGGAAAAAUGUUGUUUUUUUUGUCUUCUUUGCUUUUCAUCAUGUUCCUCCUUUAUUUUUGAAAUUCAGUUAUAUUUUCGAGAUAAUUUUGUAAUAAAUUUAGACAAAAUUUUGCAUUCUCAAAUUCUUUUUUUCAAUUAUAAAUGAAUUAUAAGUUUACCAAUACGAAUAAAAUUCCGUUUUGUCA